CGCAGCUUCACAUCAAACCUGAAACCCGGACCGGACCGUCUUUCCGGAGUAGCAGUUGCGGCCGGGAGAACCUCGGCUCCCGCCUGUCCCUGUUAUCCGCUAAAUUUCAUAAACACAGCUUCCAAGUUUGAAUCUUUUGGAUACACGGGGCAGCGGAGACAGCUUUCGGUCGUUGAGGAUCUCAUUGAUGCGAAGCGGACUAGUUUGGUUCAUGAAUUGCGAGCUCUUCGUUAAGGAUCCGUUCCGUAGUUGGUAAUUGGCUUGCAGCGGUGAUUCGUCCGUGGCGCUGUUUGUUUUUGUUGCCGGAAGAGUUGCAGAAGCUUGUCAAUGGCUUGGAGAGCGAUUGGUGAUAAGGGUAUUCGGUCUCCUCUUGGCAGACGCGUCAUUUUGUCAUCUCAAGAACAUGUAGUUGGGUCAACCUCUAAAGGUAACCUUGACUUCACAGUGAGAUCAGUUUCAGCUGCUAAUUGUAGACAAGGCUUUACUAGUGGCUCUCUUUUACCUGGCGCUUCUCAUGGCAAUGUUCUGACUAAAGAAUCCUUCAUCCGAGUUAGAAGCGAGGAGAAGCUACUUCGGUUUUGAUGUUGUAGUAUCGUGGUAGCAUCAUCUUGCUCUACAGUCCUUCUCUAACCAGGCAUUUGGUUAGUCAAAGGAGGCAUAAAAAGGAAUAUGUUUAACUGAAUUUUACAAGCGUAUAGCAAAAAAACUCUGGGCUACUUUUGAUAUCUCGAUCUUCCUUUCUGGUGCUGUCUUUCCCCUUUUCCUUUUAGACUUUUCUUGUGUUUCAUUUAUCUUUGUUUGUGAUAACAUUUUCUACUUUCGGCCUGGAAUGAGGAAACCAUUUUGUUAUCUUGAACAGGUACUUUCAUAACACUCCGGUCCUAUAUAGCAGAAAAGCAGUUGAUGAGGCCUUGGGUUUAAAGACAGAAAGGAAAGGGAAGUUUAAGAGAAGGGACAAGGCACAGAUGAAACCUCCUCUGUUAGACUUAUCCUUGGAGGCAUCAGAAUGAUAAGAGUGAGAUGAUCAUCUAUUCCAAGUGACAAGCAUUUAUCUAUUGUAAAUUCAUCCACUCAAAGUAGCAGAUUACACACAUUGUUCCCGUGGGAGUUGGAUUAGGGAUGGCAAUGGGUCGGGUUGGGGCGGGUUUUGCCAAACCCGAACCCAAACCCAUGGGUUUGUCCGUCAAAAAAACCCGGGGUAAAACCCGCUGGGUUUGAAAAACUCAAACCCAACCCAACCCGCUGGGUAUCCGCGGGUUGAUGGGUUACCCGCGGGUUUUUUUGGUAAAAUAUUUAUAAAAUUAUAAUUAACAAGAAGCUAUUAAAAAUAAAAAUAUUUAUACUGAUAGUUCAUAAUUGCUACAAGAAAGGCAGAGAACGAAUUUGGACUUAUUUUUCUCUUUAUAGAAUAUGUUGUGAGAUGAUAUAUUAUCAACACUAUGAAGGAUG